AGCUGGGCUGCCCUGGGACACCUCCCCAUUCCUCUCCCCACCCCUCCCCCCUGCUUCUGUCUCUGUCACUCACGGGGCGGCCAGGCCGAGGCAGCCAUGGCAGCAGCACUGAUCUGGAUUCCUCUCCUUUCGGGUCUCCUGACAGGGCUGGGGGGCACUAAGGCCCAGCAGACCACCCUGCACCCACUCGUGGGCCGCAUCUUUGUGCACACCUUAGACCAUGAAACCUUCCUGCACCUUCCUGAGCAUGUCGCUGUCCCACCUACCACCCCCAUCACCUACCAGGCCCACCUCCAGGGAUACCCAGACCUGCCUCGGUGGCUCCGCUAUACCCAGCGAAGCCCCCACCAUCCUGGCUUCCUUUACGGUACCCCCACCCCAGAAGAUCGUGGACGCCAAGUCAUAGAGGUCAUAGCCUACAACAGGGACAACUUCGACACCACCCGGCAGAGGCUGGUGCUAUUGAUUGGGGACCCAGAAGGCCCCCUGAUACCAUACCAGGCUGAGUUCCUGGUGCGCAGCCAUGAUGUGGAAGAGGUGCUGCCCUCAACACCUGCCAGUCGCUUCCUCACAGCCUUGGGGGGGCUCUGGGAGCUGGGGGAGCUCCAGCUGCUUAACAUCACCUCUGCCUUGGACCGUGGGGGCCGUGUUCCCCUUCCCAUCGAGGGCCGCAAGGAAGGGGUGUACAUCAAGGUGGGCUCUGCCUCACCCUUCUCCACCUGCCUGAAGAUGGUGGCGUCACCCGACAGCCAUGCUCGCUGUGCCCAGGGCCAGCCUCCACUUCUGUCCUGCUAUGACACCUUGGCACCUCACUUCCGUGUUGACUGGUGCAAUGUGUCCCUGGUGGAUAAGUCAGUGCCGGAGCCUGCAGAUGAGGUGCCCACCCCAGGCGAUGGGAUCCUGGAGCAUGACCUGUUCUUCUGCCCACCCACUGAGGCCCCAGCCCGAGACUUCCUGACUGACGCACUGGUCACCCUCCUGGUACCUCUGCUGGUGGCCCUGCUGCUUACCCUGCUACUGGCCUACAUCAUGUGCUGCCGGCGGGAGGGACGGCUGAAGAGAGACCUGGCCACCUCUGACUUUGCCUUGGGAUCUUGGCAGCGCCUUCCUCCCCAAUCAACUCCAAGGAGCACACGGAAGCCUGGCGGCCAGCCUGGGAGGAAGUGGCCCAGACAAGUAGCUGGGAGGAUGGCGUGACUGUAGAGGACACCGAGCCGUGCCUGGGCACACAUGCACGCAUACCCAGCCGUCCCUGGCAGCACAGGGGAGGGCAUGGAAACACUCAGCCCCACCCUACUCACUGAGGGGUGAGAUUCCACUGGGCACUCAUACCCCGCUGUGCCCAGCCAAGGACAAAUAGCCAAAAUGUUUCCCUACCUCCACCCUGAGAUUCCACCUCACACCCCACUCCACCCUUCGCUCCUGCUGUUCCACAGCCAAUACUGUCCACAUGGCCCAGUGAGUGGCUUCCACCUUCACCCUAAACAGAGCCCCCCCCCCGCCCCCAUGUGUCCUGACUCUAGACAUUUCCUUACCACCACCUCUCAAUUGGUGAGGAGGAUCUCUGCCAGACAUGGGGACAUGGGACACCACCUACAGCUGGCCACUUACCCACCUGCAAGCUCCUCCCUUGUUCUUGAAACACCCCCCCCGCCAUUUCACAGAGAGUGCCCUUGGUGCAUUUGUUGGGGUUUGGGGUCAGAUUGAGCAGGGCUCAAAUUGCAGCUGUAACACUUAGUUUACUCAUGGACGGUUCAUCAUAACUGCCUCGGGCCAUUGAAGGAUUUGUGAGGACCAGUCAAGUGCCUGGCCCCUGGCAGCUCACUAAUGGAGACAUGAUUACAUACAACCACUCGCUUGAUCGCCCCCAAACCAGAGGUCCACGGGGUCUCCCUGCCUCCUAAGAUCCAAGUGAAGUGGGCUCAAUUUCCAUUCUGAGCCUUGUGAAGAGUUCAAGCUCUCCCCAUGAGUUUGGGGUGGGGGCUGAAAUUCUCACGCUCCUGGGCACUGGUCUUCUGCCCACUGCUGUGCUGUCUGCUAAGGCAGCUGCUGGCCACCUGAGGCCACCGAGCACUUGAAAUGUGGCCAGUUCAAAUUGAGAUGGGCUGCAAAUGUAACAAAAGUCAUAAUAUUGAGGCAUAUAUUGGGUUAAAUAAAAUAUACUAUUACAA